AUUAAAAUUUGUAAUCGUUUGACAGCCCUAAUAUAUAUAUAUAUAGAUACGAUUCUGAAAAGGGCCAUAAUGCAUAAGGAGUACUUUUACUUUUGGUACUUUAAGUAUAUUUUGAUAGCAAUGCUUUUGUACUUUUACUUGUAACAGAGUAUUUUUACCCCGUAGUAUUUCUACUUUUGCUUCAGUAGAAUAUCUAUCUAGAGAUUUUUCAUUUAUUCUUUAUAUAUUCUAUUGUGUAUUGCUUGGAGGGGGGGGGGGCACCAAAUCAUAAUCUGGCCUAGGGCACCAAAAUAUCUAGGGCCGGCCCUGUAUGCUGCUUUAUACUUCCACUGCACUACAUUUUAAAAGACAGUAUUGUACUUUUGAAUCCACUGCAUUCAUUUCACAGCUUUUACUAGUUAGAUAUAGAUUAGUAGAUUCAAAAUAUAAAUCAAUUAUUAAAUACACUUUGACAGAUAUUUAAGAUAUCCAGCAGCAAGACAUAAAGUUAUUCAAAUGAUCUCUACAUUGACUAACUGUGAUAGCACACAUCAAUAAUUAUUAUAGUAACCCAGUAACUCAAUAUAUAGAUAUGAUUCUGAAAAGGGCCAUUAUGCAUAAGGAGUACUUUUACUUUUGGUACUUUAAGUAUAUUUUGAUACCAAUGAUUUUGUACUUUUACUUGUAACAGAGUAUUUUUACCCCGUAGUAUUUCUACUUUUGCUUCAGUAGAAUAUCUGAGUACUUCUUACACCACUGCCACCAUGAGUGUGGAGCUGUGUGCUACAAAAGCCUGACUUUAAAACAAAUAUUUUACAGCUGAAGACUGUUUUCAAAUGCAGAGCAGGUUGUGAGCGAGGCUCCGUUUGUAAAUGAGGAAACAGUUCAGAGUGUCUGCUCCUCCUCCUGGAACGAGUCAGAGUUUGAUGAGCCCUCCCUCUUCUUCCUGCUCUCAGACACAGCCAGCUCCACUCUGUAUUUCCUGGUUCCUCCCCUUCAGAUCCACACUGAGGGGGGAUGGGUGUAACCAACAUGUGGGUAAAGCACAAGAGCUGAUAGGCCACAUUCACUGCUCACACACACAUGCUGUGCAGAUCACAGCUCACAUAGUUUCAGCUCUCAGGAAGUGAAACUCAGACACUCUCUGACACUGAGAGGUGAGAUGGCGCAGAGAGGAGUUCAGCUGGACCGGGAAACCUUCUCUUGUUCGAUCUGUCUGGAUCUACUGAAGGAUCCGGUCACUAUUCCCUGUGGACACAGCUACUGCAUGGACUGUAUCAAACACCACUGGGAUGGAGAGCUAAUCCACAGCUGCCCUCAGUGCAGGCAGAGCUUCACACCGAGGCCUGUCCUGCUGAAGAACACCAUGUUAGCAGCUUUAGUGGAGGAGCUGAAGAAGACUGGACUCCAAGCUGCUCCUGCUGAUCUCUGCUAUGCUGGAGCUGAAGAUGUGGCCUGUGAUUUCUGCACUGGGAGGAAGCUGAGAGCCUGUAAGUCCUGCCUCGUGUGUCUUAUAUCUUACUGUGAGAAACACCUCCAGCCUCAUUAUGAAUUGCCUGCCUUUGAGAAACACAAGCUGGUGGAGCCCUCCAAGAAGCUCCAGGAGAACAUCUGCUCUCGUCACGACGAGGUGAAGAAGCUGUUCUGCCGCACUGAUCAGCAGAGUAUCUGUUAUCUCUGCUCUGUGGACGAACACAAAGGCCACGACACGGUGUCAGCUGCAGCAGAGAGGACUGAGAGGCAGAGAGAGCUGGAGGGGAGUCGACUCAACAUCCAGCAGAGAAUCCAGGACGGAGAGAAGGAGGUGAAGCUGCUUCAACACGAGGUGGAGGCCGUCAAUGGCUCUGCUGAUAAAGCAGUGGAGGACAGUGAGAAGACGUUCACUGAGCUGAUCCGUCUCAUGGAGAAGAGAAGCUCUGAUUUGAAGCAGCAGCUCAGAUCCCAGCAGGAGAGAGAAGUGAGUCGAGUCAGAGAGCUCCAGGAGAAGCUGGAGCAGGAGAUCUCUGAGCUGAAGAGGAGAGACGCUGAGCUGAAGCUGCUGUCUCACACAGAGGAUCACAACCAGUUCCUGCUCAGCUACCCCUCACUGUCAGCCCUCAGUGAAGCUACACACUCCUCCAGCAUCAACAUCCGUCCUCUGAGCUACUUUGAGGACGUGACGGCGGCCCUGUCAGCACUCAGAGACAAACUACAGGACGUCCUGAGAGAGGAAUGGACAAACGUCUCACCGACUGAAGUGGAUGUUUUACUGUCAGCAGCAGAGCCCACCACCAGAUCUGGGUUCUUACAAUAUUCACAGGAAGUCACUCUGGAUCCAAACACAGCAGAGACACAUCUGUUAUUAUCUGAGGGGAGCAGAAAAGCAACAUUCAUGAAACAACAACAGUCUUAUUCCAGUCACCCAGACAGAUUCACUGGAGGGUAUCCUCAGGUCCUGAGUAGAGAGAGUCUGACUGGACGUUGUUACUGGGAGGUGGAGUGGAGAGGGGGAAGAUUUUUUGGGAGAGGAGUUUUUGUAGCAGUCGCAUACAAGAAUAUCAGCAGAGCAGGGGGUGAAAGUCUAUUUGGACUCAAUGACAAAUCUUGGUCCUUAGAUUGUAACCAAAACAGUUAUUCAUUUCGUUACAACAGAAUCAAAACUCCCGUCUCAGGUCCUCCGUCCUCCAGAGUAGGAGUGUACCUGGAUCACAGAGCAGGUAUUCUGUCCUUCUACAGCGUCGUCUCUGAAACCAUGACUCUCCUCCACAGAGUGCAGACCACAUUCACUCAGCCGCUACAUGCUGGAGUUUGGCUUUGUGAUUAUGGAAACACAGCUGAGUUUUGUAAACUGAAAUAGCCUGAAGUCACUUGAGGAACUCUUGUACUUCUUAAACUCACCGUGUGUCCAUCAGAGCUGAUGGCUCAUGUCUUCACUGCACAAAGAUCAGCUGUCAAUCAAACAUGAUGGGAGGUGCUUUAACAUCUUCUCACGAGUUGUUCUGUGUCGUGUGAAAUUAUAUAAUCAUUUAAAACAUAUAUUCUUAUCCUCUGAUUGCCUUUUACUCUGUUCAAUUGUAUUUGUAGUCUUGUAUGUGUUUAACAGAGACGUGUGUUAAUGAUUUACACGUCAGGAGGGCAAAGGAAGUCAAAGGUGGAUUUGCAAACGGUUAAUGACGAGGGGGUUUGAUGGUUUAAUGGUGGGGGGGUAGGACCAGUUUCUCUUCAUGAAUAUAUGUGGAUGUGAGCUGUGUUCGGGGUGCAGAACUUCUCUCUGGCUCUGUUCCUGCAUUAGAGAUGAAUUUCACUCGUUUAUUGACUUUCUUUAUGACUUUAUUAAAUAUAACAAAAGGCAAACUUUGUCCAUGAAUCAUUGAUCAGUUUCUCUGAAGGGUUUCCUCCACAUUCUGUAGAUGUUGGAGUUCCUUUAGGCGGCGCUCCUUCCUGUGUCUGUUUAGCCAACAGGUUGAGUGCCACAUUUACAUGACUGUAUAUUUUUUAAUGUUUGGGUUUUCUUGUUAAUAAAAUAACUAAGAGGACAAAAGUGAAAA